AUGGGGUUGUCUUUUAAGGAGACGGUGGUGAGAAACAAUCCUUCGGCUCCACAGCAUACAAAUCCUAUUUUUGGUGAGUCUGGAACAGGCAUGGGAGAAUCCUCAUGUCUGUCUGGAAGUUUUAGGCCCUCAAAGGUGAAUAGGUGCCUGGCCAAGAGUGAUAAUCGGCCGGUUGUUGAGAUCCAACCUGAAGCUAUUGCGGAUGAUAUCAACUAUUUAUCAAAGCAUGCUCUGAUCUGUAAGUUUCUAGGGAUUCGAGUAUCCUUGUCUUUUUUGGAAUCAUGGGCUCGGCGUACCUGGUCUCCAGAGGGGGAGAUGGAUGUUUUGUUGGCAGCCAAUGGCUAUUUUCAAGUGGUUUUCUCUUGCAUGUCAGACAGGAAUAAAGUUUUUGAAGGAGGGCCCUAUUUCUACAAUCAAGUGGGUCUCUUCAUUAAGCCUUGGCACGUGGGAUUCAAUCCCACAGAAGAGCUUCCUUCGCAGGUUCUGGUUUGGGUGAGAUUACCAUGGCUUCCUUUAGAAUUCUGGAGGGAGGACAUCUUUAGUUUAGUUGCUAGUCAGCUUGGAAAACCAGUUGGUCCCUCGAGACAAACUAUGGAGAAGAAGGUAAUUACCUAUGCCCGGGUAUGUGUCGAAAUUGAUUUGAAUAAACCCUUGCCUGAUUCUAUCGAAAUUCGGUUGGGGUCAAGUUCAUGGAUUCAGCAACUUGACUAUGAAACGUUACCGUUUCGUUGCCGCUUUUGUCAUGAAUAUGGGCAUUUGCAGAGGGUGUGCCCCAAAUCAAAACUUACAGAGAAUUCAAAAAUAGGGCUGGCUGGUGCUCCUCACACCCAAGCUAAAGGGAAGGCCCCUAUGAGGGAGGACACAGAGGGCUUUAUCCCUGUACGAGGGCGUAAUAGGGGUCGCGGCCAAAAGAGGACCUUUAAGGACAGACAGACAGAUGAGGUUUUCAAUAGGUUUGAUGGGUUGGAUGACUUGGAACAGUUUGAUGGAACCAUUGCUAACAUGUCGGUUAGCCAUGAGCUCUUGGAAGCAAAGGAAAUAGGUGGGGAGGAGAACAAUGUUGCUCUGGUCGAUCCACAGGAGGGAGAGCUUGGUGCUCUGAUGGACACAACUACUCCUGUGAGACCUGUUGAGGAGCUGGAAACCAGUGGAGACAAGGACCUACAAGAGAUUUCUGCUCAUGCCCGAACCAAGGCUUGCACCGGUAAUGUUCGGCAGGAGGAGAGCAAAAACAAGGGUUCCCCUUCCUUUUUAGGUAUUCAUCAAAAAACCAUUAGAAAAGACACCCCAGAGAAGACUCUUAAGGUGGGAAGAAAGAAAGACCAAGAAAAGGUGAAAUUGGUGGGAGAGACUUUAGUGGAGUCUGGUUCUGUGAAGACCAUUGACUCCCACUUCCCUCUUCAUCAGAAAUGA